AUGACCUCGGCCCGGCCAGGCUGCCCCUCGGCGGCCACGGUCGCGUGGGCGAUCGUCAGCUGCGCCGCGCUCGUGGAGGGCGGCCUGAAGACGAGGUCGGCCAGCGGUUGUGGCGCCACUGAGCCCCGCCGCCUCACCACGGGGGCACUCAGCAAAGGGAGCGGGCUCGAGUACAUGGCGAGCGGCUACGACAUCUUCUUCGGAAAUCCAGACCCCACCAACGGUGCUGUUGACGCGGGCUUCCGGAGCCAGGUCUUCAAGCUCAACCCUGGCAGCGAAACGACGCCGGACGGAAGCAACAAGGUUCCUGAGGGGAUGUCCACGCUCAAUUGCGACGGAUCCUGCUCAUUGACGUCGAAGAAGCAAUCGAUCACGAGCAUGCAGGACUACUACGACUUUUUGUCCACCAGCGUCUAUGUGGACGUCGGUUUCGCUGACAUCGCAAGUUUUUCGGCGUCACUGGACUUCCAGCGCGUUCGACAAGGCUUCGAAGAUCACGAGAAUGUGUACACCACCGUCGUUGCCCACUGCUGUGCAUACGAGGCGUUCAUCGAGACGUACAAGCCCCCUCCUGCCGACGAGAACUUUUUGGCUGCCGUGGAAAUGGCACCAGUAGACUACGAACAGGCUUUCUAUUUUGAAAUAAUCGGCGAGUUCGGUACACAUUUUCUGUCAUCUGCGCAGUUGGGUGGCAUGUACGGCGAGGAGACCGAGUUCACACACGACCAGUACAACAGCAUGAAAGCGGCGAAGAGCGAUUGGUGGAUGGCAGCGCAGGCGUCCUUCGUCGUGUCGGUCGACGCGGGCAUGGCAAGUCAGUCAGAUUGGAUGUCAAAAGAGUUCUUCGAUAAGUACAGCACGACGACCAGGAAGUACUCGCUGGGGUCGAUGCCGCCGCAGGGUGGGGACCCAGAGGUGUGGCUAUCGCAAACGAUGAAGCAGCCAGUGCCCACCUCCAUGAAGCUCAGGCCGCUCAGCCAGCUCUUCACUACGACAAUGGCUCCGAACGAAAAUGUGACGAAGCUCGAAGCCAAGAGAAAGAACAUGGAAAGGGCUCUGCAAGAGUAUUGCCCAGAGAAGCUGCUGAAGGAGGGGAUCGUCGACAGCUGCAAGACGGUCAUGAGCGACCCCGACGCGGCGGCAGCUGCCGAUGACAAGACCUGCCUGGCCAAGGUGGGGGGCGCAGGCGGCCCGGGUGGCCAGUCGUUCGACGAUUCGGGCACGAUGAUCCAGCUGUACGGGCUGUUCGCAAACGUCCAGGUGAGCCAGAUCGUGGUCAAGAGCCAGCGCUGGCUGAACAGCAUCCAGCUCGUCCUGUCCCAGGGGGACAGCAACUGGCCCCUGCCGGAGCAUGGCGGGAAAAGCGGCGUCCACAACACGCUGACGUUCUCGGUUGGCCAGAAAAUCACCGCUGUCGAGUUGAGAUACCAGAGAUACAUCGACAAGAUAUCCUUCUGGACAAACGACGGCUCUGAGCAACACGUGGGCGGCGAGGGCGGAGCUUAUUCGAGGAUGGUGAACUUUCAAGACGCCGUCAGGAAUGCGACAGGAUACCUCCCCAGGGAAGCAUGGAUGGUGGGCUUGUACGGCCACUCCGAUCAAUACGUAGACUCCCUCGGCUUCUACGUGGCCUACACGUGCACUGCGUCCCAGAUGCCGGGGCCAGUUGGCGGCCCAGCCAGCGCGCCAAACCAGACGUCGAGCGGCGCAAUUGCCACGAACGGCACAACCAGUAUGAACGCCAGCAGCAGCAACAGCAGCAACAGCAGCAUGGACGAAAGGAACGUCACGACCACCACGGACGCUGCGGCUGCAGCGGGGCCGCUUGUCUGA